ACCUCAGCCUUUCCACCUGCACAAUCCGCUCCGCUGCACACUUGAGCGCCGCAGCGCAUGGCUGAAGCAGCGCGCCGCCGGUUGUCUACAGGAACAACUCUUUGUUUUGUCGCGUCUCCCUGUGGGAAAAUACAGAAUCGGCUUAUGCACCACAGCCACCACUUCAACUUAAAGCGAUCAAGUUGAUUUUUAGGGCUUCUGAGCUGCGUUUGGUGGUGGGAUAUUUGUGCAAAGAGCUCUUUCGCGGAUACGCCUGCGGACAGUGGAACUCACAGUCUGGGUGGAUAUUUUCUCUGUGUUCUUGAGCAGCUGAUGCACAAAAUUCGCUGGAAGUGAAGGACCCCCUCUCCUCUGUUAACAAACGGAGGGACCAUGUUGGAAAAAGUGUCCUUGCUGCUGGCCCUGCUGGCCUCUUCAUCUGGGGGGCUACCUCCCUCCUACGAGCCCCUCUCUGCUCCCAGAAUCUUCUUGUCCUUUAAAGAGUUGAAGUCAACGGAUACAGCUCACCACUUCUCCUUCCUGCUCAACUCCACGGACUAUCGGAUACUUCGCAUGGAUGAGGACCACGAUCGCAUGUAUGUGGGAAGCAAAGACUACAUCCUGUCUCUGGAUCUACACGACAUUAACAAGGAGCCACUUAUCAUCCACUGGCCUGUUCCGCCUCAGAGGAAGACUGAAUGUGUCCUGUCAGGGAAAGACACCAAUGGGGAAUGUGGAAACUUCAUCCGCCUAAUUGAGCCGUGGAACCGAACCCACCUGUAUGUGUGUGGAACAGGCGCGUACAACCCCAUCUGCACAUAUGUGGACAGAGGACGCAGGUCACAGGGCUUCUACUCUUCACUGGUUCCCCAGUCAGCAGGGAGAACAAGUCGAGCAACAGACAUCGUCCCUUCGUCAGAGCCUUUGAGCUCAGAGGAAUAUAUUUUCCGACUUGAACCUGGCAAAGUGGAUUCUGGGAAAGGAAAAUGCCCCUAUGACCCCAAAUUGAACAGUGUCUCUGCUUUGAUCAACGGAGAGCUGUACGCAGGAGUCUACAUUGAUUUCAUGGGAACAGACUCUGCUAUCUUUCGUACUCUGGGGAAGCAGACAGGCAUGAGGACUGAUCAGUACAACUCCAGAUGGUUAAACGAUCCCACCUUUGUCCAUGCUCACCUCAUCCCAGACAGCGCAGAGAAGAACGAUGACAAACUCUACUUCUUUUUCCGUGAGAAAGUCUCUGAAAUGGGUCAAAGUCCCAUGACCCAGUCCAGGAUUGGACGGAUCUGCCUGAAUGAUGAUGGUGGACACUGCUGUCUGGUCAACAAGUGGAGCACGUUUCUGAAGACUCGGCUCAUUUGUUCAGUGCCCGAGCCUGACGGCACGGAGACGCACUUUGAUGAACUAAGAGAUGUCUACAUUCAGCCAACUCAAGACACUAAGAAUCCAGUCAUCUAUGGAGUCUUUUCAGUUUCAGGAUCUGUGUUUAAAGGCUCAGCGGUGUGUGUGUACUCCAUGGCUGACAUCCGCAUGGUCUUCAACGGGCCGUUCGCCCACAAGGAAGGGCCCAACUACCAGUGGGUGGCAUAUGGGGGGAAGAUCCCCUACCCUCGACCUGGCACAUGUCCGGGAGGCACUUUCACCCCCAACAUGAAAUCCACAAAAGAUUACCCGGAUGAGGUCAUCAACUUCAUGAGAAACCACCCCACCAUGUACAACUCUGUAUAUCCAGUGCACAAGCGCCCCCUGGUGGUCAGAACCAACGUGGACUAUGAGUUCACCACCAUUGCAGUGGAUCAAGUGAGAGCUGCAGAUGGGAGCUAUGAGGUGCUCUUCCUGGGCACAGAUCGAGGGACAGUCCAGAAGGUCAUCGUCCUCCCAAGAGACGACCUGCAGAUAGAGGAGGUGGUCUUAGAGGAGGUUGAAGUGUUCAAGGUCCCCACGCCGAUCACCACCAUGAAGAUUUCUUCAAAACGACAACAACUGUAUGUGGGAUCAGUCCUGGGUGUCACUCACCUGGCUCUCCAUCGCUGUGAUGUGUACGGGGAGGCCUGUGCCGACUGCUGUCUGGCCCGGGACCCGUACUGUGCCUGGGAUGGGAAAUCCUGCUCCAGAUAUUCAGCCUCACAGAAGAGACGGAGUCGUCGACAGGACGUUAAAUAUGGAAACCCCAUCCGCCAGUGUAGAGGCUACAAUUCCAACGCUAACAAGAAUACCCUGGAGACGGUGCAGUAUGGGGUGGAGGGAAGCACCACGUUUUUGGAGUGUCAGGCUCGAUCGCCGCACGUGUCCCUAAAGUGGCACCUGCUGAAGGAAAACAGUGACAGGAGGAAAGAGGUCUCCUCAGGAGGCCGCAUCCUGAAAACAAAUCAAGGUCUUCUGAUCCGCUCGCUGCAGUCCUCUGACAGUGGGAUCUAUCAGUGCACAUCCACAGAGAAGAACUUCAAGCACACCCUGGUGAAACUGCAGCUGGUGGUCCUCUCAAGUCGCAUGGUCAACAAUGUCUUGGUGGAGACAAGCAAUCCAGCCUUAGCCCCCUUGCAGUCCAGUCCAUGGCCCCCGAGUGCUAACCAGUACAAAGACCUGCUGACGCUCCUUCACCAGCCAGAGAUGGAUCUGAUCAACCAAUAUUGCCAGAAUUACUGGCAGAUUGGAGACAGCGGUCUUGGAGAUGGAAAGGCCAAAAGCCUGAAGGAGCUGAAAGAACAGAAGAAGCCUCGCAACCGCCGGCAUCACGGAGAGGAGAUUACUCCUGCUGAAACAUGAGGAGCUCCGAAUGCAGCCCGCCGCGCUCCAACACCUCCCUUCUAAUUUUCUUUUUGACACAAACUCCCUCCACUCCAGCCCUCCGUGGAGCACAGUGACUCCAGUCAAACGCUAGAUGAUCAGAAAGACAAACCAGAAGAAACCAUCAACAGCUUUUCUGUAAAAGUUGGGGGGAAAAAAUACACAAUAUUUAUUGUAGGUUGUAAAAAGUAAUUCUUUGUACCUAUCCAGACAACAUGUUUUUGUGAAUAGAUAAAUCUGUGCAAAUACUAUUGUUAUAAUAUUAUUGUUAGUGUUAUUGUUCAUGACAAUGUGUUCUGUUGAGAAUAUCUUUAUAUUUGGUGUUUUUUUUGUUGUUUUUUUGUUUUUUUUAAAGAGCAACAUAACCCAGGACAGGGGACAAGGAGAUCUAAACCUGUCAGUGGCGAUCCUGUUGAAAUCUAAGCUCAAAGUCAAAGUCAGGCAUCCCUAUGAGUUCUCACCAGAACUAUGUACUGUAUAUCUUUUCUGUAAAAUACAAGCAGAAAUGGAAGAAAAAUGGCAUUUUGCAGUACAUUUGAUGGGAGUCCGAACACCCCUACACUGCAGCUGUGACACGUUGUGGACGUGGUGAAGGAAAGGCUCUCAGUAGAUGAUGUGGGCCAACCCUCCUUGCCACAAAUAUACUUAUUCUUUCUAUCAAAAAAUGUCACAAUUUUUGUUUUCGUUUUAUGUAAACGUCGCAGAUGAGUGUUUUGUUAAUAACAAAUGCUAUUUUGGGAUAAGCUGUUAUUUGGGUAAAUGGUGACACAAAAGCUGAAAACACAACAUUGCCUUCUUUUGUCUCUGUGGAGUUGAGAUAUUCCAGCAGGCAGCUAUGGAUGAGCAGGAAAGGUUUGGACACGUUAACUGAACAAAGCACCUUCUGUAGCCAAAUUAAGGAUUUUAACCCUUGUGCUAUCUUAGAUGACCCCACCCUUACAUUGACGUGUUCUCCCUACCAUGACAAAGGUGGAUAAAGGUGGAAAGAUUUCAUGUCAUCCAUGGACACCAGUGAAGAUCACAAAUCAAUGAAGAAAAAAGGUUCAGAGCACUGUCUAGUGGGUCUAGAUGACCCAACCCCCAAUGUUAAAGUGCCUAGGAUAGCACAAGGGCUAGUAUGCCCGACAUAUCAUUUAGAAUGUCAAUGAAAGGUAGACUUUUAAAUAUAUAUAUACAAUCUUUUUUUUGCAUUCCUGCCAUUUUUAUGUAAACAUUGGAGAGAAAAAUGACACUUUCUUGCUAGCUCACACACUCAAAUCUUCAAUGUUUGAGAAUACUACGUUGAUUUUUAAUGGUGCUGGUACAGAGCCAUGUUGUCCCUCAGUUAUUGGUGCAACAGUCUCCUUCAAACUUUGACACAGUGAAAUGGCAUCGCCUGUUCAACCACCAACAUGCUGCUCACCAACCUCGAAGAGAAAACUACGCCACAAUCUUCCACAACAGAGUUUCAACGUGCAUGCAUGUACAGUGUAUGUACAGUAUAUGGUAUUUGUCUUCAAUGUGAUGUUGCUGUGGAUGUAAGUGAAUGUCUUCUCUUGUUUUAGGGAUUAUGGAUUCUUUUUACGAUGGGGAAAUGCUGAAAGUUUUGGAUGACGGUGAUUUUCUUUUCACUGUCUUCUCCGGGAAAAAAAAUGAAAAUAUGUUUGCAUAUCCUUUAAUUAUGUGAAUCUGUUUUCUUAGUUUGGCUAAUUAUUGAGAUUAUGUAUGAUAUGCACAGUUGGUAUUAAUGUAAUGACUUGUAAAAACAAUCUUUUUCUUCCUCAUUAAUGUUGCUAAUAAAUUAAAUCUAUAUUUUAUAAUAACAA